AUGGUAAAAAAUAGUGAACAUCUACCAUGGUAUUUAGGCAGUGACUCUGCAACCGCUGCUUCCACAGCAACUGAUGCCACCUCUGCAGAUGGUGCCGCCUCUGAAACUGAUGCCGCCUCUGCAACUGAUACCACCUCUGCAACUGAUCCCACCUCUGCAACUGAUCCCAUUGCCACUACCAAUACCACCGGCAUUACAUCCAGUGGUCCUACUACCAACGGUAGAAGAGGUAGACCAUAUAUAUCAACACCACCAAAUCGUUGCUAUGAUUGUGGAAGAACCAGAUCUCCAUAUUGGAGAAAAGGAACCUACAACGGCCAAGUUGUACAUCUUUGCAACGCUUGUGGUUUAAAUCAUAUCAAAAUCGCAAAAAAAUCAUCAGCAAUAUUUUUGUAA